GCAGCGCGGCGGCGCGGCGCGGCGGAGCGCCAGUAGAGGAAGGAGCGGCGAAGAGGCAGCAUCGCGACCCGAGGCCGUGCAGCCACCGCCAAGCCUGCGCCCAGCGCACCGCGUGUAUACCGAGCGACGAGACGAUCCACCGGCACCGGCAGCGCCCCGUUUUGACCGUUUGCACCUGUGCCCCUACAGUGAUAUGUGAUUCCUCGGUGACUGCCGCUCACCCCUCUCGUGUUUGGCGAGUUUGCAAGAAGUGACAUUGCGUGUUUGUGAGUGUGAGUGGACUUCGUGACCGAUAGAGCCGCGCCGGUACCCACGGCCGGCGACACCGAGCUGCCUCACGGAUUACCCGGCGUCCUGCACCUUGGCGGGCGCCUUCUUCUCCACCACGAGUCCCAUCCCCGGCUUCACGACGGCGGCCGAACCGGUCUGCGUCAUGUCCGCGGUGGCCAACUUCGCCAAGCUGGCGACGGCCACGGGACCCCCUUCCAGCAAGCGGCCCGUGCGGCAGUCCCUGCUGUCCGUGCGGGAGAAGAUCGACGCCAUCGACCGCGUCCACGAGGGCGAGUCCAAGGCGGCCGUGGCGCGCGACAUCGGCGUGCCCGAGUCCACGCUGCGCGGCUGGUGCAAGACCGAGGACAAGCUCCGCAGCCUGGCGCGCGCCUGCGAGGGCAGUGACACUCCUCCCUCCGACCUCGACAAGGGCCUGGACCAGGACCCCUACUCGCCGGAGCCGCUGACGAAGCGCUUCCGCGUCGAGUCCGAGAACAAGCCGGCCGAGGGCGUGGACGACGCGCUGCUGUACUGGCUGAAGCAACAGCAGCAACACGUCGGCCUGGCCAUGAACGAGCACCUGCUGGACGCCAAGAUGGCCGCGGACGGCGUCGUCGGCGCCGACAACAGCAGCUGGUUCUGGCGCUGGUACAAGCAGUACGGCGUGCAGACUCAGCCCCUUCCUCUGGCCGAGCGCGCCGAGCGCGUGGACCGCCUCAGCGCCGCCGACAUUGAGCGUGAGCGCGAGCGCGAACUCCAACUCCGCGAGCGCACCGUCGGCACCGUGGGCACCGACCUGACCACCUCCAUCACCACGGGCCACAUGUCACCGUCCAUGUCGCCGCCGUCUCAGCCCGAGUACCUGGACCGCGACUACGACACCCCGUUGUCGCUCGUCAAGCGGGAGCGCCCCGCCGAGAACCGCGAGGCCGAGAACGACAGCCACCUGGCCAUGAACCACUUGAACCACAACCACCUGCAGCACCACGACCACCUGCUCCAGCAGCACGUCAAGGACAGCCUGGACAACAACAACGUGACAGACCUGCGCAAGCAGGCCUCCAACCAGGCCGCCAACCAGCGCGUCGUCGAGUCCGAGGACGAAGACGACGAGCCGCCAGAGACGGCCGCCGAGGCCGUGAAGCACGGCGAGAGGUUCCUCCGGUGGCUGGAGUGCUGCUCCGACCCCUCCGUCACCGCCCUGCAGAUCCUGCAGUUCCGGUACCUGCUCAACAACGUCCGCGCCUGCGCCGACCGACGCUCCCGGCAGGGGAAGUCCAAGGACCGGGAACGGUCGAGGAGGAAGUGAAGUGAACUUGUUAUAGACUUUAGUGAGUGAAUGUGAGAGUGACUUUUUGUGGACCUCAACGCCAUCACAAGGCAGCUUUCCUGCCGCAGAGUAUUUGAGUAGUCAUCGAGUUGUUGUCUAUUUUUGUACAGCUGCCGCUACCACCGCCACCAUCACAUGGACCGAUGAUUAACAUAUUGUAUUGUGCGCCCGGUGUGUUAUUUACCAGCAAUACUGAUGAUGACUAGUGUAUGUGUGUGUGUGUAUCAUCCCGAUUUUGGAGCAUUCCCCUCUCUUCUCUUCUAGCAUUUGUACCCCACCCCUUCUUGUGACUUAAUCAGAUAGAAAAAUAAUUAUUCUGUUUUGUUUUGAUUACAUUCGUUUUCUACCAAUCUACCCACUUUGGUUUGUUUCAUGUGUUCAGUGGUACUUAAGAUAUUCACUGUGAAUUUUGCCAAUCAGUUUAGUAGUGUAUGUUGUGCUCUCUUUGGUCAAUCAGUGAUGCAUACCUCAAUUCCAAAACGUGUACCUGUAACUGCUUACAUGCAUUGGGAUAGUCUUUCAUAGCUGUUAAUUUAGCCAUGCUCUUAGGUGUACACACGCUGUAUUGUGUGUUUUUGAAAGACCUGCUCAGUAUUCCGCUACUGGUAUAUUUACCAAAGGUUCACAGAUUGUACUAACAAUUUUGCCAUACGAGUAGCCAUCAUAGGCUGAUGUCUCUGUUAUUUCGUCACAUGACUGACCCAUAAGUCAUUGAGUUUUUGGCUAUCAUGCCUGUUACUUAUGAUCAAAGUAUGAUAUGCUUACCAUUUAGUCUGAGAAGUGGUUCAUGCAUUUAUUAUAUAUAGAUUACAAUUGCCAUAUUUCCUACAAAUUGUGAUUUUGCUCAUGUUGUGCUUAGUAGUGUUUUGAUACUACAGUGUUGUUUGGUUUAAAGAAUCUGUCUGCAGAUCCUCAAAAUUUUUAUUGAUCUAAUAUCCCUCAUAGUCUCCAAUUAUCCAAUUAAUUAGAAGAGAAAGAAAACGUCACUUCAGUGGCAUGCUUCUCUGUAGUUCGUACAUAUGUCAUUCCACAUUGGUCUCAUUUCUUGUUUUCUUUUUUUUUUUUUUUUGAAUUUUGAGUUGCUUUGUUACAAGGUUCCUAAGACUUAUCUCUACCUUUGUUGCAAGUUCCAUGUUCAUUUAAGUAUUAUGUUUGUGGUUACAUUGUGGGAAUGAUGUGCCAAAACUAUUGUUAGAGUAUUAAGUAUUGUUUGAUCUCUAAAAGACAGUGCCUUGUUUCGUGAUUUCUUUUUAUUAUUAUUAUUAUAAUUAUUAUUGAGGUUCCAACUGCCAGGUACUUUCCAGAAAUGGUAAUGCUCCCUUUGCAACAUCAAAAGCAUAGCUCAGUUGAUUUUGUUAUAUUGACUUACCAAUCUUGUAGGAUGGCUGAUCGGGCUGUAGAUAAUAUGAUCAGCUAUGAAGUCUGCACAUCCUUGCCAGUGUUGUAGCUCUGGAUAACGCAUGGAAGUUGGUCUCACAGUGGUGCAUACCAUUUUCUGGAAUAGCAAAAAUGUCUUUUUGAGUUGGGGCGCCUGUCGAAGAUUUUUAUAUUUAUCCAAGCAAAAAUUUGUCGUUGAGUCGAAAGUUAUAGUUGUCUCUAGACUUUUAGAACAGUUGAUUCAGCGACAUCAACUUCAGUCUGUGAUGCUUUAUUAUGGCUCGGAUGUAUCUUUGGAACAACACUUUGUUGGAGCCAGAGGUUGCCUCUGUUGAGACAUGGUACCAUGUACAUAUAAUGUUGAUUUAUGUAUAUUUUUUCUUGCAUAAGUACAAUGUUAUUAAAAUGUUUUCUUUUAUGUUGAUUUUGAAAGCAACCCAUGACAGUUUGCACUAUCCUAUAUGUACUCAUAAUUCUCAGCUAUUACCCAUACCACAGUUUCUUAGCUUUUUCUCUUUGCCUGGUGCUGUGAGUGCAGCAUUUAUCUCACUAUUGCUGUGCCCAUUUGGGCUUUCCUGUCACAUUCCUGAUUUCCUAAGAAAAGUCCAAAGAAGAGUGAUAACCAGUAGAAUUGUGAAUUGUUAUGUUAGCUUAACAAAAUGUUGAAAGUCCAAAGAUUGUAUAUAUGGAUAUAAUGACUAUUUUGAAUAAAAAUUAAGAUGCCAACAAA